GACACAGACACCGAUUGGGUCACGCUGAAGACAUUCCUGUCUUGUGAAGCAAGUCUGUUUGUAUUUUAGGUUUGCCAGGACUAAUGAAUUAAAACAUUUGGACUCUCCACAACUUGCUGUUUAUCAAUGCCUCUGACAGGAGGAGGGUUUUCUUUUGCACUUGCUUUUUCUAGAAGCAUGACCACAUCCUGGCUGGUGGAGAGGCAAGGAAAGGAGAGAGGGGUUGUGGAGGGAAGCGGAACAGGGAGGCCUUGGGACGCGGGGUCUGGGGGAGAGCAGGUAGCAGUGAAGUGCCCUGACAGCUGUCAUUGCUCCUCAGACUGUCCGUGACUGCUAUGCAGCAGGUGCAGCCUGCUCUCUUACUAGGUCUUCACUCCACAAAGGCAACGACUGGCCAAGGCAGUGGCUGGCCCUGGAUUACACAAGUGCAGACACUCAACUAAGUGAGGAACAGGUGGCUAACAAGAUGGUUGAUUCUAAGCAGAGGAGACUACACAGAAAUCUGGAAGACCCAGGGGAAGGCCAAGGCUCAGGUGCCCACAUGAUCAGCACAGCCAGGGUACCUGCGGAUAAGCCAGUACGCAUUGCUUUCAGCCUCGAUAAUGCCUCAGAUGAUACACCUUCUGAAGACGCCAUUCCUCUGGUCUUUCCAGAAUUAGACCAGCAGCUACAGCCUCUGCCGCCUUGUCAUGACUCCGCGGAAUCCAUGCAGGUGUUCAAACAGCACUGCCAAAUAGCGGAAGAAUACAAUGAGGUCAAAAAGGAAAUCGCUCUGCUUGAGGAAAGGAAAAAGGAGCUCAUCGCCAAGCUGGAUCAGGCAGAGAAGGAGAAGGUGGAUGCCGCUCAGCUGGCUCGGGAAUUCGAGGUGCUGAUGGAGGAGAACCGGACGUUGAAGUUGGCUCAGUCCCAAUGUGUGGAACAGCUGGAGAAACUUAGAAUACAGUAUCAGAAGAGACAGGGCUCGUCCUAACUUUGAAGGAUUCAGUGUGAGCAUAGAAGGUUGGUGACUGCUGUGUGCUGGCCAAAAGAUUUUUAUUUUCAAGGGCUAGUGUGUAAAAUUUUAUUAUUCCUUUUUAUUACCCACGUGGCAGACGUCUAUAAUGAAUUUAAUGCUUGCCCGAUCGAGUUUGACAGAAGGGAUAUUUUAUUUGAAAGAAGAUGAUUAAAGCAAACCUAUGGCUAUAAUAUGUUUUCAGAGAUCAAUUAUUCAUUUCCAAAGAUUUUUUUUUCUUCUUUAGGAAGAUGUGAUCACCCUGUACAUCAGGGUACAAAAUGAAGGAAAAUAGAAUAUUGACUGACUUGACUAAGAAUCCUGAACAGAAUUGAGCCAUGAAACAAACUAGUGAGAGGCUUGCCACAGGUUCAUAUCCGUGUAUCUUUAAACUUCACAUUUUGACUCUUUCAACUGUGCUCGGACCUGAAGUCAGAAAUGUCUGCACACAUAUUUAUGUUCACCAGAGUUAGGUUUAAUCCCUCAAUGAUUGAUUGUACUAAGAAUAAAUGCUUGCCUAUCAUAAACGCUUUCUCAUGAAAAUAUUAGCAGAAAGCAUGUUUGUGCCAAAAACACAUCUGCCAGUGCUAACUUGCUAUUGGAAUAAAAGGCUGAUAAGGCUGCAUUUCUUUCACGCCAUGUUACCAACCAGUAAACAUCUCUGCCUUUGCUUGUGUGUGUUCUGGGGGCAUGGGUGGGGGGAUGGAAAAGUAUGGUUUGGACAUGACUUUGGUGAGUUCCCAUGAAAACAUCAGCAAAACUGUAACUAUGACUUUGUUUUGGAUUUGAGGAGAUAUUUUGGAUCAGCAAUAACAAGUAGGAUAUAUGAAUAAAUUCAGGAAUAAAAUGAUUUUUCCCUUGUUCCACCUAUCACCGUCUUUCCCCAAACUGAUCUCUUUGUUUUAUGUCCAUUUCUAUUCAUGUAACUUCUUUUUCAUUAAACAUGAAUCAAAAUUG